AUGUUUAAAUAUAGUUACUUUGUCCUUGGUAUUCUGUAUUUUUGUACAGGUCUCAUAUUUAUGUUCUUAAAAACGUUUUGCACAUUUUCAGUAUCGUCUAAUAAAAGAAUCAUUGCAAAUUGGACCCCCUCAGAGGUCCUUAGUGCUCCAUUUCCUUUUCGUGUUGCCGGUCCUGCAUCUGGGUUGACUGAGAGCCUCAGUCGAGAAAAAAUCCUUUUGUGGGGAAAAGCCUUAGGAGAGUGGUGGGUGGUGGGGAAUGAAAGGCCCUUGUUUGGGGGGUCUGCCUUACUGUGGCAUCGCCUCAUCAUUAGUGACUUUAUUUUUAUGGGUGUUGGACGAACCACAAACUAG